AUCAAACCAGAGCUCCAACUCGGAACUAGGAUUAAUAGUCGAUUGUCGAUAAAUUCAUUCCUCAUCGCAAGGAUGUCAGACGCCAACAAGCAAAUAAUGGCACAGAAAAGUGCUAAAAUUGCAGCUGGGGCUGUCGUGUGUGUUGAAAGUGAAAUAAGAGGAGAUGUGACCAUUGGUGCUAGAACAGUUGUCCACCCCAAAGCAAGGAUCAUAGCAGAGGCAGGGCCUAUUAUCAUUGGAGAGGGGAAUCUAAUAGAGGAACAGGCACUUAUCAUUAACAGUUAUCCAGAGAAUAUAAUGCCAGACACAGAGGGAGUUGAGCCAAAGACCAUGACCAUUGGGACCAAUAAUGUUUUCGAGGUUGGAUGUGUCUCUCAAGCUCUGAAAAUUGGGGACAAUAAUGUGAUUGAGUCUAAGGCUGAUCUCGGGAGGAAUGUGAUUCUGACCAGUGGCUGCAUCAUCGGCGCGUGCUGCCAGAUCAACACGUGCGAGGUCGUGCCAGAGAACACGGUCGUGUAUGGUUCGAACUGCAUCAGGCGUGUGCAGAGCGAAAAGCCACAGCCUCAGACACUGCAGCUCGACUUCCUCAUGAAGAUUCUGCCCAACUACCACCACCUGAAGAAGACAGUGAAGGGAGGUGGCACGCCUGUGAGGAACUAACAUGGAGGAAUGAAACCUCCUGCAACCCAAAGCAUCUACACACACAUUUCCCUCAACUUGCACUUGUCUAAAUGUUGUUCUAUAAUGUCUAAUAGAUCACCUCUAGCAUUGAAAAUGACCAUCGCACACUAUAUUCCUUCCUGCAUUUGAAGAAUACCAUCAUUCUUUAACAUAUCAGACUAUUUCUGGUUUUGCACUUCUGCUUUCAGAUCAAUAUUAUGACUAUUUCUGAUAUAUUUUGGACCUGAAAUGAUAAAUUUCCAGUGCCAUUUUUAUGUUAAUCAAUUAUAUUCAUCUAUAUUUAUAAUUGUUCCAACAAAGAUACGUAAAUAUUGCAAUAAAGAUUCUAAUAAAGAUUGCAUUUAA